AUGCUUACCCUAUAUAAUGCUAAGUUGUACUAUACCGACCUAUUUAGCGAUCAACAGAACUCUGCUACAAUCUGCGACCCCCUGAUGUGCACUACUAUGGCGGCGUUGCUACUUGAUGCGGUACAGACAAUGAAAUCCUUCUUUUCAAUUAAAUCGAUUGGACAUCCAUGAUACUGAUCACAUGAAUAUCCAGAAUUUAAUACUAUUGAAUUUGAUACUUCCAUAAUGACAUAUUCUUUAAUUGAUCAAUUUCGUUUACUUGAUACUGAUAAUAAUGGAAUAAAUCAAUUUAAUAUAUCUUGUCUAUGUCCAGUUUUAUGUUAUGGUCAAUCAUCAGAAAUCUGUGGAAUAAAUCAUAAUUUUUUACCAAUUCCAUUAGACAGAACAUCGACAAUAUUUGUUGUAGUAUGA